UCCCUUCGGCGAUCGCCGCAACAGGAGGGAUGGCACAAAACUACCGCGGGAAAGGUGGUAGUCACUAUACUUCAAGCCUAGAGUUGGCCAUGCGGAUGAUUCAAGGUGAGAUCAUUUAUGAUGUCACGUUGGACGAAUCACUGAUCUCCAUCGGUAACCCGUGUACUUCGCCAGUGGCUCUCGGUACUACAGUCGGUCUCUUUACGAGCUCUCUUGUGGUCUACUCGUUUGGAACAAAGAAGAGGGGUGCAUUAUGGGCAUUUUGA